AUGCUCCGAACACAAGCACACCCGACACUUCGAAUGGCUAUGGGGCGACCAGCCGCGCUCGCGCCGAUAAUGGCGUCCAGCUCUAGGGGGUUCUCGAGCAGCGCCAUCCGAAGCGUACCGGAUCACUACGCCGCGCUCAACCUGCCCAAGAACGCGAGCCGGACACAGAUCAAAGCCAAGUUUUACGAGAAGUACCACCCCGACUCACCGACGGGCUCGGCCGAGCAAUUCCACAAGAUCAACGAAGCGUACUCAAUCCUCGGAAACGUCUCAAAGCGCUCAGCGUACGACGCCGAGCUGAAUCCGAGUUGGGCGGGGAGUCGUUCUGGAAGUCAUGGACAUGGGGGGCAUGGGGGGCAUGGAGGCAAAUGGCACCCGCAUUCGCCCGAGGGACGGCGCGCGGCGGGACAGCACCGCGCCUGGCGCGCGGGCAAGGGGACGUGGGGCAAGGCGGCCCCGGGGCCGCAGUGGACGGGACGGAGGAGGGUGGAUCCGAAUCUUGAGCUUUAUCUCAGCUGGACAACCGGACCGAAGCUAACCCCAGGCGGCGGCAUGGGCAUGGGCGGCACCGGCGGCCUGGGCACGGAUUGGGACCGGGUGCGCAACGGCCCCGUGGAGAUCAAGACGGGCGCAGACGCUUGGAAGAGCAUGCGCUCCCGCAUCAACAAGGUCCGGAACGACGAGGAGGUUAAGGGCGAAAGCGCGUUCAUCAGGUUUGUCGUGGUCGGGCUCAUGGUGAUUGUCGCGUGGGCGGGGGCUAGUAUGGCUAGUGCCCAGGAGGAGCUCGAGCCUGAGGAGGUGGACUAG